UAUAUAUAUGAGAUAUUAGUGGAUUUAAUAUAUUUUACUUGAUAAUCUGUCAAACUAACCUUUGCGAAAAUGUUAAAUUUCUGUGAAUUUGUGUAACUUGUUGGAUAAUCAUGUUUGAAUUUGAUUAUUGAAAUAUUGAACUGAUUUUCUUGGACAAUUUAAUCUUCUCACACAACAACGGUUAUGGGAAGAGUUUGUUGUGUCUCAGGAUGUCCUUCAGGGGGAGAUGUACCUGCCCAUCAGAUACCCAAGAAUCCAGACCUUUUUAAAAAAUGGAAGAACAUGAUUUAUUCCGAGAAAAUUGAACAUCUGACAGACGAACAGAUAAGCAAAUGUACUGUAUGCUAUCGUCACUUUGCGAAUGAUGAUUAUUUAGUAACUUAUAAAGUGAGAAAGCUGAAACGUGGUAUUGUGCCCUCCUUAAAUCUGCCAAACAAAUCGAUUAAGAAAGAAAUUUUUACAAAAGCAGAUACAGCAAGCGCAAGUGCAUCGACUGAUACAAUAGUACCAAUAGCACCAAAGGAAGAGUCUACAGAAGAUGAGGAAGAAACAAUUGUCGUUGGCUUGUUCGAAGAUCUCCCAGAAUCACUGGAACCUCGAUUACUUAAAUUACCUUCAAGUCCUAUGAACAUGUUCGAGGAAGCAUUUGAGCAAGUGGAUCAGAAUAUAGACCAUAUUGAUUUAAUAUCGGAAGUAUGUGAAUCAAGUUACAAACCUAGAAUAUUCAGAAGAAGAAAACGAACAAAAUUAACAGAAAAGGAAUUGAUGUUAUUGCAAUGUAAAAAACAGGCAGAGAGAUAUGCAAAAACACCUACGAUACGAAAGCUCUUAUCUCUUUUAGCAGCUACUAAAAGAUCAAAGCUUCAAAGUAAGAUACAGAGAUCAAAAUAUGUACCUCGAGUGUACGUAAGACUAUAUCAUGAUAUCGCUAAGAAGAAUGCUCUUGGUCAGUUGUAAAAUAUAUUAAUUUUUGUAGCAUGUCAAGAGAAGUGUAAAGAUUAAGUGGUAAAAAAGACGUCAAAUUGCCAUUUUAUGUUUAAGAUGACACGAAUCGUCAGAGUUGCGCAAUGUAUUAUCAUCAUGAUGCAAAUUAUAAUCCUAAUAAACAUUUGUAACAUGGGAUUUUGUAUGUAAUAGAACUCUGUAUGUAUCAAGAGAAUACAAUUUUACGAUAAUGAGUAAAGAUUCCUUGUUGACAAUCAGUCUGCGAGAUUCUUCUUACACACAGUGGGGAGGGAAUUAAAAUGAUUGCUCGCACAUCGAUCGAUACGACGGUAGUUUUAGUACUGUAUUUUUAAAAACGAAUACAUGAAAUAUACAUUUAUAAUUUAUAUAAUUGGUAGAAGGAUUAAUUGUU